AUUAUUAUUCAAAAAACAAUACCUAAGAGGGACUGAGUCAGCACUGAACCGAGACCACAUACCCGCGACCUCGAGCUUCGACGGCCAUGGCGGCGGCGACACCCGUGUGCGCUUCUACUAUUCCAGCACAGUACUCCAGUAACUCCGUCAAAUCAUUCCAUCACUCCCAUUUCACGGUUGCAGUUCCCAGAAAUCUCUUCUCAUCGUCCUCAUCAUCUCAUGUGUCUUUGAGACAAUCCAAAACGACGCCGCUUUCGGCUCUGCCUUCUGUGUCAGCCGCCGGAACCGCCGCCUUGGAAGCGGAGCAAACUCCGUCUGAGGUAUCCGCGACUCCCUCAAAGAUUCUUCCUUUUCGGGUCGGUCACGGGUUCGACCUUCAUCGAUUGGAGCCCGGGUAUCCUUUGAUAAUUGGAGGCAUUAAUAUACCUCACGAGAAAGGAUGCGAGGCUCAUUCUGAUGGGGACGUUUUGCUUCAUUGUGUAGUUGAUGCUAUUUUGGGUGCUUUGGGGCUUCCGGAUAUUGGACAAAUUUUCCCGGAUUCUGAUCCCAAAUGGAAAGGGGCUGCAUCAUCAGUUUUCAUCAAAGAAGCUGUGAGACUGAUGCAUGAGGCAGGUUACGAGCUUGGAAAUUUAGAUGCAACAUUAAUUCUUCAAAGACCGAAGCUAAGUCCACACAAGGAGGCUAUCAGAGCCAACUUAUCUGAACUUCUAGGAGCUGACCCUGCAGUUGUUAAUCUGAAAGCGAAAACUCAUGAAAAGGUUGACAGCCUCGGAGAAAAUCGAAGCAUUGCUGCUCACACUGUGGUUCUUCUUAUGAAAAAGUAGACUGAUGAAGAAGAAGGCUUGGAAAUCCUGGUCAAAAACAUGUGGUUAGUAGUUGUAACUUCCAUACUAAUACAAUUCUUACAGAAACUAUUACAUUUUCUAUGAAUCAGGUUUAUGUAAAUGUCACCUUACAUGUGUCUCGGAAGAAUGUUCACAUUAUGAAUAAUAAUAAUAAUAAUAAUAUAUCCAAGCAAAUGAUUCAGAGGUUGA